GGCGGCCUGUAUGUGAGCCCCCCUCGGACUGGCAUGCCCGAAAUUAAGACGGGCUUGCUGGUCGAGCUGCUCGAGGCUGUCUACGGAUUGGGAGAUGCCCUAGUCCAGUGGCUGUCUUCGUUUACAAACUACGUCAAAGAGAUUGGUUUCCAGUGUUCCAUGUUCGAUGGCCGUGUCCUCUACCUGAUAGACUGGAAAGGCUUGCAUGGGAUCAUGGGCCUCGCAGUGGAUGACGUCGUGGGCGGAGGCGACGGGCAGUUCGAGGAGACUUGCCAGAAGCUGCGCAGGAGGUCCCCAUUCGGGGCCGGGCGCCACAAUAAGUGCAAGUACACUGGCAAAGAGUUGGUGCAGAACGAGGGUGGCGCGGAGCUCGCGGCAUCCCUGAGUCGGGGCCCGCCGGCCAUCCAGCUGACCAACAUAGCGACGGAGCGACGACGUGCGACCAAGGAGUUCUGCGGUGUCGCGCUGCAAAUGAAGCGCACCCCCCUCCGCGGGCUGGCCUCCUUUGCUCUCGACGAUGCCGCCUGGGCCAGCGCCGGGGAUGGAACCUCGCAGGCGGGCCGCGUGUUCGCUGCGAGCCAGAAGAUCCCGAGGGGCGAGGCGGCCAUCAUCUCCAUCCAGCUCUGGACGAGCCACAAGUUGAAGAAAAAUGUGUUCACCAGUUUGGUGCGGAGGCAGGCUUGGCGGGCGACGAGUGCGGCCAUCGACGUGGCCAUCGUGCGCUCGGCCUUGCAUCGCUCGCAGUUCUAUCUUCGAUGGAUGGAGGGCGCGAGUCAACCCGCCGACCCCCUGGCAAAUCGCAGCGGGGGGGGCGCGCUACUUCGACGCGCGUUGGACCUCGGCGAGUACGGCAUCACCUCCGACUGUGCGGUGCUACAUCCACGAGCGGGGCCGCAAACGGAGAAGGGGGCCACCUCCUUUGCCUGUGCCGCGGAGUGUUGUUUCACGGGGCUGGGCCCCGACGAGAUGGACUGUGCAGGCGGAGGCGAACAAGUUUUCGAGGACGAUGACCAGAACGGCGAGCUUGAGGCGAACCGUCGAUUUAC